GCCACCUCCUCCGCGUGCCCGCCAGGGGCUAUGCCAUUUGGACAUGUAAUUGUCAGCACGGGAUCUGAGACUCGCAGAAAAUGAAGCUGGCGACAGGAUUGUGGGUCUGGGUGAGCCUUCUCGUGGUGGCAGGGACCGUCCAGCCCGGCGCUUCUCAAUCAGUGUGCGCAGGAACAGAAAAUAAGCUGAGCUCUCUGUCUGACCUGGACCAGCAAUACCGAGCCCUACGCAAAUACUAUGAAAACUGUGAGGUGGUCAUGGGCAACUUGGAGAUCACGAGUAUUGAGCACAACAGGGACCUCUUCUUCCUGAGGUCUAUUCGAGAAGUCACCGGCUACGUGUUAGUGGCUCUGAACCAGUUCCGUUACCUGCCGCUGGAGAACUUACGCAUUAUUCGUGGUACAAAACUGUAUGAAGAUCGGUAUGCUUUGGCAAUAUUCCUAAACUACAGAAAAGAUGGAAACUUUGGACUUCAAGAACUAGGAUUAAAGAACCUGACAGAAAUUCUAAAUGGUGGAGUCUAUGUAGACCAGAACAAAUUCCUUUGUUAUGCAGACACCAUACAUUGGCAAGAUAUUGUUCGGAAUCCAUGGCCUUCCAACUUAACUCUUGUAUCAACAAAUGGAAGCUCAGGAUGUGGACGUUGCCACAAGUCCUGUACUGGUCGAUGCUGGGGCCCCACAGAAAACCAUUGCCAGACUUUGACAAGAACUGUGUGUGCAGAGCAGUGUGAUGGCAGGUGCUAUGGACCCUAUGUUAGUGACUGCUGCCAUCGAGAAUGUGCUGGAGGCUGCUCAGGACCCAAGGACACUGACUGCUUUGCCUGCAUGAAUUUCAAUGACAGUGGAGCAUGUGUUACUCAAUGUCCCCAAACUUUUGUCUACAAUCCCACCACAUUUCAGCUGGAGCACAAUUUCAAUGCCAAGUACACAUAUGGAGCAUUCUGUGUCAAAAAAUGCCCACAUAACUUUGUGGUGGAUUCCAGUUCUUGUGUGCGUGCCUGUCCUAGUUCCAAAAUGGAAGUAGAAGAAAAUGGGAUUAAAAUGUGUAAACCUUGCACUGAUAUCUGCCCAAAAGCAUGUGAUGGUAUUGGCACUGGGUCGUUGAUGUCAGCACAAACGGUGGAUUCCAGUAACAUCGACAAAUUCAUAAACUGCACAAAGAUCAAUGGAAACCUGAUCUUCCUGGUCACCGGUAUCCAUGGGGAUCCUUACAAUGCAAUUGAAGCGAUAGACCCAGAAAAGCUGAAUGUCUUUCGGACGGUCCGAGAGAUCACAGGAUUCUUGAACAUACAGUCAUGGCCCCCAAAUAUGACUGACUUCAGUGUUUUCUCCAACCUGGUCACCAUUGGGGGACGGGUGUUAUACAGCGGCCUCUCACUGCUUAUCCUCAAGCAACAAGGCAUCACAUCUCUGCAGUUCCAGUCCCUGAAGGAAAUCAGUGCGGGAAACAUUUACAUUACUGACAAUAGCAAUCUGUGUUACUAUCAUACUAUUAACUGGACAACACUCUUCAGUACCAUAAACCAAAGAAUUGUGAUCCGGGAUAAUAGGAAAGCUGAAAACUGUACUGCUGAAGGGUUGGUAUGCAACCAUCUCUGUUCAAGUGAUGGCUGCUGGGGGCCUGGUCCUGACCAAUGCCUGUCUUGCCGUCGUUUCAGCAGAGGAAGAAUCUGCAUAGAGUCCUGCAACCUCUAUGAUGGUGAAUUCCGGGAGUUUGAGAAUGGCUCCAUCUGUGUUGAGUGUGAUUCUCAAUGUGAAAAGAUGGAAGAGGGCCUCCUCACUUGCCAUGGACCGGGACCUGACAACUGUACAAAGUGCUCUCACUUUAAAGAUGGUCCGAACUGUGUGGAAAAGUGUCCAGAUGGUCUACAGGGAGCAAACAGUUUCAUUUUCAAGUAUGCAGAUCAGGAUCGGGAAUGCCAUCCCUGCCAUCCAAACUGCACUCAAGGGUGCAUAGGCUCGAGUAUUGAAGACUGCAUUGGCCUGAUGGAUAGGUGUAACGGUCCCACUAGUCAUGACUGCAUUUACUACCCAUGGACGGGCCAUUCCACUUUACCACAACAUGCUAGAACUCCACUGAUUGCGGCUGGAGUCAUUGGGGGCCUCUUCAUCCUGGUCAUCAUGGGCCUGACAUUUGCAGUGUAUGUAAGAAGGAAGAGCAUCAAAAAGAAAAGAGCCUUAAGGAGAUUCCUGGAAACAGAGUUAGUAGAACCCUUAACUCCCAGUGGCACAGCACCCAACCAAGCUCAACUUCGGAUUUUGAAAGAAACGGAACUCAAGAGGGUAAAAGUCCUUGGCUCAGGAGCUUUUGGAACGGUUUAUAAAGGUAUUUGGGUACCUGAAGGUGAAACAGUGAAAAUUCCUGUGGCGAUUAAGAUUCUCAAUGAGACAACUGGUCCUAAAGCCAAUGUGGAGUUCAUGGAUGAAGCUCUGAUCAUGGCCAGCAUGGACCAUCCACAUCUAGUUCGCUUACUGGGCGUGUGUCUGAGCCCCACAAUUCAGCUGGUUACGCAGCUUAUGCCCCAUGGUUGUCUGCUGGACUAUGUCCAUGAACACAAGGAUAACAUUGGAUCACAGCUGCUGCUGAACUGGUGUGUCCAGAUAGCUAAGGGAAUGAUGUAUCUGGAAGAAAGGCGGCUUGUUCAUCGAGAUUUGGCAGCCCGUAAUGUCUUAGUGAAAUCUCCUAACCAUGUGAAAAUCACAGAUUUUGGACUAGCCAGACUCUUGGAAGGAGAUGAGAAAGAGUACAAUGCUGAUGGAGGAAAGAUGCCAAUUAAAUGGAUGGCUUUGGAAUGUAUACAUUAUAGGAAAUUCACCCAUCAAAGUGAUGUUUGGAGCUAUGGAGUCACUAUCUGGGAACUGAUGACCUUUGGAGGGAAGCCCUAUGAUGGAAUUCCAACCAGAGAAAUCCCCGAUCUCUUAGAGAAAGGAGAGCGCUUGCCUCAACCUCCUAUCUGCACAAUUGAUGUUUACAUGGUCAUGGUCAAAUGUUGGAUGAUUGACGCAGACAGUAGACCUAAAUUCAAGGAACUGGCUGCUGAGUUUUCAAGGAUGGCUCGAGAUCCCCAACGAUAUCUCGUCAUUCAGGGUGAUGAUCGGAUGAAGCUUCCCAGCCCCAACGACAGUAAGUUCUUCCAGAAUCUCUUGGAUGAGGAGGACUUGGAAGACAUGAUGGAUGCUGAGGAGUACCUGGUCCCCCAGGCGUUCAGCGUCCCUCCACCUAUCUACACAGCCAGAGCAAGAAUUGACUCAAAUAGGAGUGAAAUUGGACACAGCCCUCCUCCUGCCUACACCCCCAUGUUGGGAAACCAGUUUGUCUACAGAGAUGGGGGCUUUGCUGCAGAACCAGGAAUGCCUGUGCCCUACAGAACCACGACCAGCACCAUCCCUGAAGCGCCAGUGGCCCAAGGUGCUACGGCUGAGAUCUUUGAGGACACCUGCUGUAACGGCACCUUACGCAAACCAGCGGCACCCCAUGCCCAAGAAGACAGUAGCACCCAGAGGUACAGUGCUGACCCCACAGUGUUUGCCCCAGAGCGAAGCCCACGAGGAGAACUGGAUGAAGAAGGUUACAUGACUCCCAUGCGAGACAAACCCAAACAAGAAUACCUGAAUCCUGUGGAAGAGAACCCCUUCGUGUCUCGGAGGAAAAACGGAGACCUGCAAGCUUUGGAUAACCCCGAAUACCACAGCGCUCCGGGCGGUGCGCCCAAGGCGGAGGAAGCGCUUGUGCGGGAGCCUCUGUACCUGAACACCUUCGCCCGCGCCCUGGGGCGCGCCGACUGCCUGCAGAGCAGCGGGCUGCCCGGGCCCGGGCCCGACAAGGCCAAGAGAGCGUUCGACAACCCUGACUACUGGAACCACAGCCUGCCACCCCGCAGCACCCUCCAGCACCCAGACUACCUGCAGGAUUACAGCACAAAAUACUUUUAUAAGCAGAACGGACGCGUCCGGCCGAUUGUGGCGGAGAAUCCCGAAUACCUCUCCGAAUUCUCGCUGAAGCCCGGCGCCGCGCUGCCCCCGCCCCCCUACAGACACCGGAACACCGUGGUGUGAGCCCCGCGGGCCCGGGCAGGGACCCGCCCGCUCCCCCGCCCUCCCCCGCCCUUUCUCCGGUGGUCUUCCUUCCUUCUGCCCCCAAGGCCAGUAGCGUUGACACUUCCCAAAGGAAGGCAUAGAAAUGCAAUGACAGUUAAGUGUUCAUCUAACUUGAAUUUUAGAAGGAAGGACUACUGGAGAAAGAUAGGAGGACCCACACUGUUCCUUCAUUUCUGCACCUGGGUUGGAAAAGAGAGUGUCUGUCCGACAGAGCUAGAGAAGGACCAGAAAAUAUGAGGCCACGCUGCCUGCUGUCGAACCGUUCUCAACUUCCUUACCUUUUUUUUUUUUUUUUCUUUCCUGCUCUUACUUCUUCCUCCCCACACCCAGUACCUUUUCUUUUCUUACUUUUGUGUUCUCUCUUCUUUUCUCUUUCUCUUUCUUUCUUUCUUUCAUUAAUACAGGUGGCUCUGUCCCCUUCUGCAAUAAUUAACAUAUGCCUAUUCAGUAUCUAGAAACCAAAACAGAGCUUCCAUUCAAAUCAAAGGAUUACCAUUUAGUAGUAACUGAGAUUGAGAAUUCAAUUUCUUUCUCCAACAGUUUCUGUCCUGAAAAUGAAGAAUGGCCAACUCAGCCAUUAUAGUUUUUAUAGGUCAUAAUUAUAAUAGUAAUUAUAACUAGAAAUUAAGUUUAGAAAGCAUUUUUGAUUUUUGCUUAUAUUCAUCUUGAUUUAUUUUGGCUGGCUCCUUUAUAAUAGUCGUUCCCCUAUUUAGCCUAUAGUUUUUAAUUGCAAAGAUGUCUGCAUGAGAGCUUCUUAAAAACUUCUUUACAUUAUUUAAAUGAAAAUGUAUUGGCAUGAUGAAAGGGCCACUGUUUUAAAUCAUACAGUCCUUAAAACUAGAAUGGGAGACCAAGAUAUGAAUCAAAUAGCAUCAAAUCUAGAUUUCACUUUCCACAGUAUUGACUUAGGUUCCCUCAAUUAUUUAUACUUAACAUGUUCUUCUUCAUAAAUGACAGUCUUUGAUAGGCGGUUGGUAAUCCUAAGAGUAGAAGAGUAAAUGGGAAACACUUCUGAGUGGUUUAAGGAAACUACUGAUACUUUCAGAGGUGGUCCAAUGAGGGAAUUCUUGAGGUGGAAGAAACACACUGGAUUGCGUAUGUCUACUUGGCAGAUGCUCAGAAAUGUAGUUUGCACUUAAGCUUUGAUUUUAUUUGUUCUCUUUAUGGACUCCGUUUGGAUUUUGAAUGAAGCAAUAUGGAAGCAACCAGCAAGUUAACUAACUUAAGUAUUUUUAAAAAUCUAAGACAAAGACAGACUAUGGAAAUGCCAAACCAAGCCAGUUAGGACUUUGGAACAGUUUCCAGGGAUUAUGAUGAGAGAGCCAGCGCAUUACCUUCAUAUGAGGAGACACUUGCUCCCUAAGGAAGUCUGUUCAGUUUGUCUACUCUGUGUGGAGGUACACACUUGGAGGAUUGUGUGGAAUCCCAUGGAAUUUCUAGUAUGAAACUCUAUAUUGAGUAAAAGUAACUCUUUGCACAUAAGUUGGUAUAAUUAAAAGAAAAAAAAAAGAAAAAAAACAUGCUAAGAUUAUGGAUGGAUCCAUCCUUUAUUCAAAAGUUACAAAUAAACAUGAAAAGUCUUCUCAUUCAAUUAUUUUAUUGUACAAUACAUGAAUCUUUUAAUAACAUAUGUAGUGACUCUUCACGUAUUAUAAUAGUUGUAGAGAUGCCUCUACUGUAUUUUAUGUUAAGAACGCCUUUGGAGUCAAGAUGAGUCAUAUGGACAAAUGAAAGAAUUGAAUCUCAGAAUAUUAGGAAAUUAGUAAAACCAGAUGUGCAUCUCCCUUUUCUACAAAAUACUGUCCCAUAAUUUAUAUUUUAAAAAGUAGUUCCUCUUUUGUGUUAUUUUUGUCUAAAUGACAAAACUGGGCUCAAUAACAUCAAAUAAUUAAAUUAGACUAAAAAUCUCUUAUUGGAAAAAGAGAAAUACAUAGUGAAAAUCUAAAGAAAUCUAUAUUUUUAUCUGCUUUGUAAAAGUAAAUCCACCUAUCCAAGCCUGGAUUUAUUCAAUUAAGGCCUACUAAAAGUGUGUGUGAAUACUAAUAAACAGAAUAUCAAUCCCGGCUUAAAACUUGAAUAGUUUAAGGAGAAUUGUUUGGAAAGACAAUGUAACUUCCAUGAGCCCAAGGUAUUAGAUGACAUGAAUUAGUUUGUAACUUUAUAGAACAGUUUUUGUAGUGAAAUAUGUUCUGUGAACUCAGUUAAGCAUGAGUUAAAAUACUUCGGGUUACUGAAGUUAACAAGUAUAUCAUUUCAAUCUUCUUAUACAAACACAAAGGACAUCAUGUCACUAGCAAGUAGGCUUACCUGGAGUCCCUAUUCACCAGGAGGUCAGCAGUGGGUAAUGCUCUUUGUCAGAAUCUUUGGAAGUGCCAUGGUUGUUCUCUUCUUAAGCUGAGAGACGAGAGGCGAGCUGAAAGGAUGAGAAACAGAAGUGAGGACAUAUGAGGUCCUAUUGAAUGAUGCUCAGGGGUAAUGUCACAGAAUGUUUAGAGUCUCAACCUGUAAUCUAAGUCUCUCUGACACAUGAUUAGAAAAAAAAAAAAAAUCCUCAUGUCAGUACCUAUGAGAGGUGAAACAAGUCUGUCUAGUAGAAUGGGUAUUUAAUCAUAAGUAACAGCACCUUUUAAGCUCUAUAAAUUGACUUUUCAUUUGAAAUAUUCAUGCGACUUAUACAAAAUUAUUUAAUUUAUAAAAGACAACUUUUUAACUUAUAAAUUAUUAGAAACAUAUUUAGUGAAUGUAGUUAUUUUCUUCCCCCAAACACAGGAAUUAUAGGUCAAGUAAUCUCCUUUUAACACAUAGAGAUUGAUAGAAAUAUAAUUCAAAAUGACCCCACAUGCCAUUUUAUCAUUUGAUUUUUUCCAUGAUUUCAAUAAUGUGCCCUAAAAUUCUGUUGUUCUGGAGUUUCUUUUUAAUAUUAACUUGCCUUUCAAUGAAAAUGUAUUUGCAUGUAUGAGAGGAACAAAAGAAAAAAGUUUUAUUUAUGCAAAAUCUUUAACUCAGUAAACUGAAAUUUGAAAUGUCACUUGAAGCUUAUAAAUUAAUAUAAAGCAUCAGAUUCCAGAGGCCAGAUGUGUCAACAGAAAUAUGCAGAGUCAAUUUUGUAAGCCUGAGAAAAAUUAAUAUUAAAAUUAAGCUGACUAUAUUUUUAAAUCACCAAAUUUUAACAAUAAUACUCAUUUUGGUGAAUCAUAAUUUCAAGCCUGAAAAUACAUCUUAGUAAAACAACUGCUUAAAGAAGCUGUGCUUAAGUGGAAGAGAAAAGAUAUCCUUUAAACCAAGAUAAGUCCGUUACCACAAGAUCCUGUAUCAUAAGGAGAUAUUGAGAUUGCCAAGCAGAUCUUAGUUUUCUGUAUAAUAUUUGUAGUACAAGAGAAGAUAAGGCUCUCUCUCUGCAAUCAUUCUUGAAAACAAUGUAAGUUGCAUUAAACCACAGAAACUAAAUAAAAGGCUCCCUUCAUAGUUCAGGAAGAAUGAUCAAAUAGGUGAAACUGCGGGGAAGAGAGGAGAGCCUGGGAAGUGUUUUACAGUAUGUGCCAAUGCCUUCUAAAAAUGGUGUCUCCCCAGUGCUGAGGAAAGGUGAAGAGAGGCUGGUGAGGACCUGCUGCUACAUGAAAGAUAAUCAGUGUGGUCCUGAAGUGUAAAAACUGAAAAGAAAAAGCAAGUCAAUAAAACUCUUGAGGUCUGACAGGGAAUAGUGUAAAUACAAGAUUUUUUUUAGAAGUGUCUAACUUUUAUUUAAAAACUUAAAUUAUCCAUUUGUAAUUGCUGAUUCUUUAACUAGUAUAUGUAGUUCAUAAGGGAAUAGAAAAGGUGGUAUUGAAAGCAUGUAUGUAACUGGACAGACUGUUGAUAAUGACAUAAGAUGUAGAUUUAGUUAGGUUAUCAACUGUUAAAAGAUUUUAUUAUUAAAUAAAUCAAACUAGAAAAUUAACCAUGACACAUAACAAAAUAAGAUUCAGGGUGGAUUUUUGCAUAGUAAAAAAACUUAUUUGUUAUUUAAAGUUGAUAUUUUGUUGAGUUUAGUUGAAAGUACUCAUAUAUGGUUCAAACAGGGGGAAAAUCUUGUUUCAAAGUGCUGCAAUUAAUUUUUUUCUCAUUUUCUUAUUUCUUUAUCACAUUUUAAAUAUAUUAAUGUAAAAAGAAUCUUAUGUUUUUAGUUUAUUUGAAAAUACCUCUUUGAAGUGUUUAAUAGGCAAAUAAAUUACACAUAAAUUUCAGAACCCUUCAAAAUGAAGUAAAGUAAAUGAAAAUGGUCCAUUACGUUAUGCAGAGACAAAAAUGAGUGAUGCCAAUUAAAAAGCAAAUAAAAUAUAUUUAGUUUUCAAAUUACCUUUGCCUUCCCAUAUUAUCUCCUUGCCUACAAACCAAGAAGUUUGCUAACAUUUUUCUGAUAAAUAGAUGCUAAACCAAUAAUUAUAAAAUUAUUAUUAUUUUCCCAUUAUAUUGGACUCUAGGGGUUUUUUGUUUUGUUUUGUUUUGUUUUGUUUUGUUUUGUUGACUGAUGAUCUGUUAUGGGGCAAAUGAGAAAUCUGAAUGCAUAGGCUUCCAGUAUUUAGAAGGUCAGACAAGUCAAGUUCUACUGCACAUGAGCAGAAAGUCCUGACAUGCGGCUCUGCGCUUGAAGGACAGCUUUUCACUCUGUGGACACAUGAAGCAGACCAUUAUCUCCUGCCUGUCACUUGGUUAAGAACAAUGACAUAUAUGAAUGUGGAUAAGGUAUAAUUUUAAAAGACCAUUGCCAACAGAGAGGUUUGUUCUUGCUGAUAUUGAAAUGAAGUCAGCCAGCUUUGAUACUUUGGUGUAGAAUCUGCAUUUGCAAAUAUAAAAUUACUGUAGGUAUUGUAUCAAACUAGGAGCCCUUGUGUUUGUGUAUGUGUGAAUCCCUUUUAACAAGAUGGGUUCUUGGGUCCCAUCAUUUAAAGGAAGCUCUCUAAAAUAGGAGUAAUUUCAGACAUCUGUUCAAGUCUCACUGAUUUUUUUUUUUUUAAGAGGGCAAAAUUGUAGGAUGUGUCACAUUUGCAGACACCUGCCUCAUUUCAUUCCUAACCAGGUAAUGGCUUAGGCAGAAGAAAAGCUUCUAGCAUCACAUGGUGGAAAGACUAUAAGCCUGAUUUCAAAGGUAUAUUUGCAUGUGGCUUCUGGAAUCAUAUUUUGUGAGAGUUAGCUUAGAAAGUCAGCAAUUACCUUAUUAAGAGACAGAGAACUUUAUUUCUCUGUGAACUUUGAAGGUAAACAGCAUCCUUACUUCCCACCCCAUCUCCACUGGCACAGUGAUAAAUACAUAAUUAUAUAUAUAUAAAACAUAUUUUAAUUCACCACUAAUUCAAAGCUAUUCUGAAGCUUGUCUCUCUCUUAAGCCAUAGUGGAUCUCUAAGGACCCACAUUCUGCUCUGUGAAAUACUUAGCCUUUGCUCUCAAAUGCCUGAGUUUUCCAUUAAACCCCACUACUUUGAACAGUAUUUAAUUUCUCAAUUCAAUUACUGCACAGAAAAUAUUUAGUAUAAAAAUAGUUUUUUUUUCCCAUAAACAUUGAUUCUCUUACAAUGGCCUUCUCUGUAGGAAUCUGAGAUGAGGUAGCCCUGUGAUGAUUCUUGAAAUUCAUACUAUGUGCAUACACUCUCCUAGAUCUUAGAGUUAAUCUUCCAUAAAAUCUGUAUAUAUAGUUUUAUAUAUAUAUAACUAAGUUAUUUUUGACAACACACUAACUUAUUUACUUUAUUCAUCUUACUUUAUUUUUGAUUUCAAAUAUUUUACAGCUGCUAGAACUUUUUCUUCCAAAUGAGAAGUUUAGUUAUCACAAAUAUCAAAGCUAUCCACCUUUGAGAACCACCUCUGACUUUUUCACCCAGUUAACAAAUUCAUCAUGAGUAAAUUUUCCCUGUAAUGAAAAUUGACAUUGUCUAGUAGAACCCCAUGCUUUGUCUACUUUUGCUCUCUAAAGGCAUUUAUCUUGUAAUGCUCUACUGAGUUUGCUCCAUGUCAUAAGAAGUGGUUUGAUUUGUAUAAAUAUACAAACAUAAGAAAGCAAAGUUCCAUAUCUGUAGGCAAUAGUCUAACUUGUCCGAACCACUUUGCCUUUACUGCUAUUUUUAUCCCUCAUGUGUAGAUGUCUCCCCUCUCCUCUCCAGGCCUGUAUCCCUUCUGACUUAAGAAAAUCACAUCUGCUAUAUAUUGACCUAAAACUGUUUUUCAAGUAUCAUUUCUAAUUUUCUUUUCAGUUAAUGGAGGGGUUACACCUUUUCCUUCAAUGUAAGAGUCAUUUUCCUGUAUAUUUCUGGAUCUCUCAGGGGCUGGGAGGGGGGAGUGAGGGGACAACAACCAUAGCACUCCAAGAACCCUUUUCAAAUUAUUCCAGUAAUCAACUAUGAAAGUUAUUUUCUAAAUGUAGAUAGGUAAGCUGUUCUUUUAAAGUAAGGUACUUUGAAAUAUGUAGCAUAAACUGGUACUGCUGUUAAAUGGGUCGACUCUUAAACUGAGCAGCUGUGAGGGGCAGCUAACUUUGAAUGCACACAGCGCUGUCUGGUGUGUCUCCAUCUCGUGUUGUGAGAACCAGGGCUGCAUCGUUGCAUGCUGUGACUGCAUUGUCACCUGCUUUGACCAUUGAUCAUCUCUUUCCUGAGCUUCGUUCUAACAAGAGAAAAUGAAAAUGAAAUAAGCAUUUUAAGAAAAUUCACAGCACAAAAAUAAGUAGACAAAUAAAUAAAAAUAGGUCACAGUAAAUAUUUCAUCGUUCAUCUCAUGCACACAUAAAAGUCUUUGACUAUGAUCAUCUUGGGUGAGAAAGGAAGAACCUUCCUCGAAAAGGCAGAGUUGUGUUCAUUUCCUUAUUUUCUUUACUUGUGAACAGAAAACAAGCCCCCUCUCCUGUGAAGAUUCUUCAAAGGACAGGGGUGUGGAAAUAACUUGCUGGUAAGCCAUCUAUGUUUCUUUUAAGCCCAACAUUCAAAGUUAGCUGCCUUUUUGAAAUAAAUAAACAAACAAAAAAUACUACUGUAUGUUUGAAAAUGUGAAUAGUAUUUUUAUAGCUUGUUAAAGACAUGGCUAGCUGCAUUUGUAAAUAAGGAUAAUGUUACUUUGAUUUCAUUUUGUGAGCAUCUUUAUUUGGAACAUAAUUGUCUUUAGAGUUGAUUUGUAUAUAAGUAAUUGGCUUGUGAUGGUUUCUUUUUUAGUUGGAAGUUUUCAUUUUGACAUUACUUGUGAUUCUGUGUUCAGCACUGUUGUAAUGUGUCCAACCUCUGCACUCGCUUACACAAUAGGAUAUGCCAAUUGUGUGUGGUGUAAUGUUAUUUUUUAUUUUUUUCUAUUUUAUCUAUGAAGGAUUAUGCACUUAACACAUACUAACUUUUUUAAUGUUAAGUAUAUUUUUAGUAUAAUUUUCCUUGUUCUCUCUUCUCCAACCCCUUCACCCUAUUCUCCUUCCUUCCCCCAGUUUCUGUUGUUAUUUGAGAAUGAGGGAGAAACUGUAUUUUAAAUUUAUGUAAUUAGGCUUUUCAGUUAGUUCUCAAGGAUCCUCUUUUGGCUCUUGGGAAAGAAUUGUACCUGUACAAGGCAAUUAUAGAACGCGGACUGCUUUGCCUCAUUCCGUACUGAUCAUCCCAGCUGAACAAUUUGAAAACUGUUCUGCCUUUUUGUUACAUGAAUCUGUCAGAAAUAUAUUUUUAAUUUAAUAUAAAUGAAAUUCAAUAAAAUAUGAAACAAA